AUGAUGAUGAUGAUGAUGGAGGACCGUUACGACGGUCUCGGGUGUAAAAGUCAAGGACACCAGGACAAACGUCAUGUUAAAUCAGGCAUUUUGGGGAAACAGAAGAAUCGGAAGAUGCUUUGUGACGUUCUGCUGGUGGCGGGUGAAGUGGAGGUACCGGCACACAGAGUAGUUUUAGCGUCCUGCAGUCCUUACUUCUGCGCCAUGUUCACAGGUGACAUGAGUGAAAGCAAGGCUCACCAUGUGGAGAUCAGGGAUGUUGAUGGACAGACGCUCUUGAAGCUGGUGGAUUAUAUUUACACCGCUGAGAUUGAAGUGUCUGAGGAUAAUGUUCAGGUGUUGCUCCCAGCUGCCAGCCUGCUGCAGUUGAUGGAUGUUCGACAGGUUUGCUGCGACUUCCUGCAGACGCAGCUUCAUCCCACCAACUGCCUGGGCAUCCGAGCGUUUGCUGACCUUCACGCCUGCACAGGACUGCUCAGCCAGGCCCACGCUUAUGCUGAGCAGCACUUUACAGACGUCAUGGUGGGAGAGGAGUUCAUGGCCCUCUCCUUGCAGCAGGUGUGCAGUCUGAUCUCCAGUGACAAACUCACCGUGUCCACCGAAGAGAAGGUGUUUGAGGCCAUGAUCACCUGGAUAAAGCACGAUAAAGAGGCCCGUCUGGAGCACAUGCCUAAGCUCAUGGAACAUGUUCGACUGCCCCUGCUAUCCAGAGAUUACCUGGUUCAGAUUGUAGAGGAGGACCCCUUAAUAAAAAACAACAACACUUGUAAGGACUUUCUCAUUGAGGCGAUGAAGUACCACCUUUUACCUGCAGACCAGCGGCACCUUAUAAAGACUGACAGAACCAGACCACGCACACCAGUCAGUUUGCCGAAGAUGACUCUGCCUGGUCUGUCGUCAGUGGAGGUGUACAGCCCCAAGGCUAAUGAGUGGAUGUUUGUGGCUCCCAUGAACACCAGGCGCAGCAGUGUUGGGGUGGGCGUGGUCGACGGAAAGCUUUAUGCUGUUGGAGGUUAUGACGGAGCGUCCCGGCAGUGUUUGAGUACUGUAGAGGAGUAUAACCCAGUCAGUAAUAAGUGGUGCUAUGUGGCGGACAUGAGCACUAGACGCAGUGGAGCUGGUGUCGGAGUGCUCAGUGGACAGCUGUAUGCUGCAGGAGGACAUGAUGGUCCUCUGGUGAGGAAGAGUGUGGAGGUCUAUGAUCCUGCCACUAAUGUCUGGAGACAGGUGUGUGACAUGAACAUGUGCCGAAGGAACGCAGGAGUGUGUGCCAUAAACGGUUUACUGUAUGUGAUCGGAGGAGACGACGGCUCAUGCAACCUGUCCUCUGUGGAGUACUACGACCCUGCUGUCGAUAAAUGGAGUCUCAUCCCCACCAACAUGAGCAAUGGACGCAGCUACGCAGGGGUGUCAGUUAUUGACAAGCCAUUAUGACUAAAAGUUCUGCGCAGCAGGUCUCUUCGCACCUGUCGCGGACUGAGCUGUGACAGACAGACAGUGAUUUAAGACCGAGUCCAGAUGCUGACAGGUGCUUGAAGCUCCUGACUGCCUCUCUCUCACACACACACACACACACACACACACCAAGCCCUGACCUCUGCCAGUCUCCAGAAAGUGCCAUUUACCCUUGUUAUUAACAGAGAGGCUGUGUGGUAGCCCAGUAUAGUGUGUAUUAAACGAGACCUCGUUUAUAAUCUGCCAGGACAGAGUAUGUAUGGGACACCUACAUGGCCUGUGCGGAUCUGAGUGCAGGUGAAGAUUGUGCCAACAGAGGCCUCUCUGCUUGCUUUACUACUGACCGACAAUGCUCUGAACAAACACUCGCAUCGCAGGAGCAGUCAAUAAGAUGUAAAUCUGUUUCUACGGUCUAACACUAAUGCAUAUCACACCCUUUAAAGCGGAUCAGGACUGGAUAUCACUGACUUCUGUUGGUUUGGUUACAGGGUUACUUUAUGUUUUUAUAAAACGUAUUAUGGGAACAACCCCAUAAGUUGUUUUAACCAGCUGCUUUCGUGCCAUAUAGUAAUGAGGAUGGUAAACUGCUAAACCGAAACAUCAAAUAAAUCUCACAGGGUAAAGGUAUGAUCACAUUAGCGGAAUUUCACUUUCAAACCAAGCAGCUUUCUAUAGAAUCCAUUGCGAAAUCUGUGUGGAAUUUCUUUUAAAUUCCAGAGUGCAUGGAUUUCGAUAGAAAUGACUGGAUUUUGGUGGUGAAAAUUCGCCAAACAACAGUAAAUGUGACCAUAGCAGUUAAUGUGCCAAAUGUAACUCAUAAUUCAUAUGGAUAAUACUGUAUGUUAGUUACUUGUACAUAAGCACUUUUCAUGAUGCAGUUUGGUGUGCAAUCGUCCAUGUUGGACACACAGAGUCUUUCUUUUAUCAUGAUAACUCUAUAGAUGCGGUCACUGAAAUAGCACUGGCUUGGCUUCUCUUUGGUAAAUUGCACUGUUCAUCUUGUUCAGUAGAGCUGUACUAUUGCAAUCGCAGGUCAAUUCCAAUAUAGCACAGGUUCAUAUUAAGUUCACCAUUUAACCUGUUCUAUCCUGACGGGGUCAUUUGGAUCUGUGCUUCAACAGAAAUGGACUUUGGAAGACUAUUUUAUUUUUUUAAAUAUUAAGCCGCCUUAAGGUUCUUUUUCUCAUUAAUGGCUUAUAGGCUCUGUAAAGCUGCACAGUAGUUCACUGUAGACGUUCAUGUUUACAAUACUGAUCAUUGUGAAAUGAAAACUAAAUUUGUUGGUAAUGAUUAUGAAUUAUUAACAAAACACUGCCAACAUUCUCACGAUGACCAACUUUGUUAAUUUGGAUAUAUACCGAUCUGAAAGUCAUACUAUGCAGUAAAACAUUGCUUUUAAGGUUUUUGUUGUUCGCAGUGAUUCCGAGUUUAAUUUGAGCUAUGCCUGGUGUAACUGCUGCCAUUACAUUGAUGUCUUUACACAUCAUCAUGAUCCACAACUCUAAAACUAUGACAUUCCAGUGUAGUGCAUCAUCUAUGGAUUAUGCACGAAUGUGGUUCGUGAACAAGGUAUUAAUGUAUUUCUAAACAAAAUGUAUUAAUAAAUUAAGCUUUGUUUAA